AUGGGCGGCUUCUACAUGCAAUACCUCGAGAGCCUUUGCCGACGCCGAGGAUGGACAGACCCCAUGUACGAGUGCUACCGGGACCAUAGCGGCUACACUUGCCUUGUUCUUGUCAAUGGACGCGAAUACCAAACAGACCUCGCCUAUGCGUGCCUUCAUGGUCUGCCGUAA